AUGCCGAAAUUAACCUUGUUCAAGCCGCCGCACUGGCUUCCGCAUCCGGACCCCUUUUUCUCCUGGGAGUCUACCGAAGUCGACGAGUCAGGUUCCGAGAUUGACAUAUGGGCCCGCGAAGCCAAGGCGCAUUCUCUUUUGUGUCUCCCGUUCCCUCCAACACAAGGAGACAGGUCGGAAAUCGAGGAGCACGGCAUCGCCGGGUUCAUCAUGAUGUACCCGCAACUCCGCUUUGUGCUCCCAGAAGAAUCUCGCGAGCAACUGAGGCACCUGGAGGCGUUCGACAAGCAUUUGCCCCCCUUCAAAUACUCCGAGUCCUCGUCAGGGUCAGCGAUGGAGAGCACGAAGCGCACCCGAAGCGCUCUCUCGGCUUCGUCAGAGUCGGAGCAGGACGCUCGUCCCCCUCCCAAGAAGCCGUGCCGCGCGACACUAGCCCCUCUGACGAAUCUGGGGACGGGCUUACCUGCCACGGUUGUGCCAUCUGCGAUCAUGCCGCCCCCGACGCCGUAUGCCGCACCGGCUCUUGCCCCGUUCGCCCUAGCUGCUUUACCUACCACGGUGGUACCGUCUGAGAUCAUGCCGCCCCCGACGUCGGGUACGGGCUUACCUACCACGGUGGUGCCGUCUGCGAUCAUGCCGCCCCCGACGCCGUAUGCCACACCGACUCUUGCCCCCGUCGCCCCAGCUGCUUUACCCACCACGGUGGUACCGUCUGAGAUCAUGCCGCCCCCGACGCCGUAUGCCACACCGGCUCUUGCCCCCGUCGCCCCAGCUGCUUUACCCACCACGGUGGUACCGUCUGAGAUCAUGCCACCCCCGACGCCGGAUGCCGCACCGGCUCUUUCCCCCGUCGCCCCAGCUGCUACGACCGCCAACUCCAGAAGAAGGCGCGAUGCCGCAGAGCUACGGAACGCUCGUGUCACAUGUAACAGCGAUCCGGAUAACACCCAGCACAUCUGCCAAAUCGACGGGUGCGAGACGCCCCUCCUUGCGGAGGACGUGGGUGAGGCUCGCGCGCACCUGAGAAGGCACUUCAAGCAGUUGGAGAGCCUUACCUGUCCCCGCUGCUCGAAGACUGCUAGAACUGUCGCGGCCCUUCUCCACCACUUUGAGAUACACCUACCCUGGGAAUUCCCCUGCGGAUGCUGUGGGAAGACGUAUGCGCGGAUAGAUGCUGCGUCGCGUCACGAGCAGGACUGCCGACGCAAGGCUGAGGGUGGCGAGGCUCGCGGGUCAGGAAAGGCCAGGAGCUCGAGACGUGCCAGGGGCUCGAGGAAGGCCAGCGGGUCAAAGCAGGCGAGCGGGUCAAAGCAGGCGAGCGGCUCGAGGAAUGCCAGCAGCUCCAAGCAGGCGACCAGCUCGAGGCAGGCGACCAGCUCACGGCGGGCCACCAGCUCACGACGGACCACCAGCUCAAGAGUCGCUUCUGCAGCCACUGCGGGUCAUACCGCGCGCGCCAACGGGGGCCCGACCCCAGCUAUCGUUGGACGCCAAGUCGACGCGGAUGGCGACUUGGGAUACGCAGCAGAUAUGGACGACAGUGACGAAGACGACGCCGGCGAUAGCGAUGAGUCGUCAGAGUGGAAUGGCGACUGAAUCCGUCGCCUUGUCUGUUCCUCAUUCGCGUCCUCCCCGAGGACGUUUCCUGGCCCCGUUUCCUCCACCAGCAUCCCUACGCCACGCGCGUCCUCCACCAGCAUCCCUACGUCACGCGCGUCCUGAGAAACCUCGAACUUCUCCCAAUCCUCCGCUAUCCAUUCCAAUGUACGUGAAUUGUGACCUGCCUUCCUUCGUCGUGCUCUUGGACCUCCUGCUCUGAAGGAGCAUAUGUAUUGCUAUCUACACCGCUGGUGACCAUCCGUGUUUUGCUUUGCUCUUUCUUCCGCUUUGUAUAUCGCAUCCGUCUCCACAUGCUCCUGCUUUUUUCUGUAAAUUCCUACACUUCCAUCUGUUGCCGCACGUCGAUCCCAUCAUGGAGUAACGAAACCUGAUUCCUUACGAUACGUAGUGUGUGCUCCGUUCCAUGGACGUCUCACUGUCGUUACCUGAGAACCGUAGUCGUGAAUCUCCUCUUGAUCUUGGAGCUUGACACACCAUCC